AUGGAUACUGAUCUUGCUGAAAAACUCCAUCGACAGAUUUGUCUUAUUGAAUCGAGCGAAUCGUCUUUGAAAGAAUCGAUUUUAACAAACGACAAACAUCAACGUUCAGUUGGAUAUGAACUGUCCCAUAAGCAAAUGCAGAGUUUGAAGAAGACAUUCGAAAAAUACGAUACGGAUAAAGACAAAUCCGUUAAUUUUGAUGAACUGAAAUUUAUGUUGGAAAAACUUGGUCUUCCUCAAACUCAUCUACAUUUAAAGCAGAUGAUCAAGCAAGUUGAUGAAGAUCAUGAUGGCAAAAUAUCAUUUCGAGAAUUCCUAGUGCUUUUCCGUAAAGCACUUGCACAUAACAUGGAAUUCGAUCAAGAAAAAUCGGCACUUUUAUAUCGGUUUUACGCCAUGUUGUUAGAAAUUGAUGUGGCCAAAGAAGGCGUCAUCAUGGCUAAGAACUUUUUUGAAGCAAAAAUAGCUGCGAUUAAGGAUAGUGAAAAAUUUUAUCGAGAAAUCCUCGAAGAGCAAAACCAUCGACGUCGUUUGGAAGAAGAAAAGACUCGUCGUAAACUAGAAUUUCGAAAUCGUUUAGCUUUAUUUCAAUCAACAUAG